UCCCUCAUCGAGCAAGCUUCUUUUGAUUCUUCAAGAUGCAGCCAGAAGCCUCAUGAUCUUCAACUUCCUUUAGGUUCUUAUCUCAAAUUACAGUGUGUAAAACCGAUUAAAAGUUUCAUUAUCUUUUCCUUAUUGAAGAAUUCUCAAAUAUUUUUCUCCCUGCAAUUUUUCAAGUUCCUCUUCUUUGGCGCAAACCAUGCCUUUUGAACCUCCAGGACUCAAUCCUUUAUACUUCCCUUGCCAUUCUGAUAGAAGGAUGCAGUGGGAGGUUUUCCACUGUCUUAGCCUAACCUUCUCUUUCAGCUAGUUAUUCGAUAACCAGGCCCCACUGCCUUUCUUGGUUCGGUAUACAAUGGCUUCUUGUUUUUUCCGGGCCUUGAGGAGGAAGGACAGGGCCAAUACAAUCUCCUUACCUUCUCCUCCUCCUCCAUCAUUUCCCUCUUCUUCUUAUCCUUCUUCCUCGACGGCCAGAAAGAGCACCCUUCCUCUGGAUUUGGAGAUUAUGGAGAAGAGAAGAUGGGACAGUCUGGAAUCUUGGUCGAUGCUAUUGGAUCCUGCGAAUCCAGAGGGUUUCGACUCAAAUACAGGGGGAGAGCGCGAGGAAUGGAUGGCCGAUCUUUCUCAACUCUUCAUUGGUAACAAGUUUGCUUCUGGUGCACAUAGUAGGAUCUAUAGGGGAAUCUACAAGCAGAGGGCAGUGGCUGUGAAGAUGGUGAGAAUCCCUGAGCAGGAUGAGCAGACCCGAGAUAAGCUGGAGGAGCAAUUUAAGUCUGAGGUUGCAUUCCUUACUCGACUAUAUCAUCCAAAUAUAGUGCAGUUCAUAGCAGCAUGCAAGAAGCCCCCAGUGUACUGCAUUAUUAUGGAAUAUAUGUCACAGGGAACUCUUAGGAUGUAUCUCCACAAGAAAGAGCCAUACUCUCUAUCAACUGAAACAAUUUUGAGAUUAGCCCUUGACAUUUCCCGAGGAAUGCAGUAUCUUCAUUCACAAGGUGUGAUUCACAGAGAUCUCAAGUCCGACAAUCUACUUCUUAAUGAUGAAAUGCGAGUAAAGGUUGCUGAUUUUGGCACUUCUUGCCUGGAGACUCAGUGUCAGGCAUCCAAGGGUAAUAUGGGAACCUAUCGUUGGAUGGCUCCAGAAAUGAUUAAGGAAAAACCAUAUACCAAAAAAGUUGAUGUUUAUAGUUUUGGGAUUGUGUUGUGGGAACUUACAACGGCUCUUGUUCCAUUUCAAGGGAUGACCCCUGUGCAGGCUGCUUAUGCUGCUUCAGAAAAGAACUUGAGGCCUCCUUUAUCGACUACCUGUUCACCAGCACUCAACAAUCUCAUAAAGAAAUGUUGGUCAGCAAACCCAUCAAAGCGACCAGAUUUCACUUAUAUUGUCUCAACUUUGGAGAAGAUCGAUGAGUGUCUCAAGGAAGGACUUCCUAUUCUCGUGCACCAAGAACUCAACAUCAAGAAUUCUCUUCGGGGUGUCUUCAAAGGAUGUGUACCAAAAGGUUCGUCUAUACCCGUGCAUGCUUGAAUUUGAAUUUAUGAAAUAAGAUAUACAUAUUAAAUUCUUGUAUAGCAUCCUUUAUGUGUAUAAGGUACUUUAACUGUAAAUUGUUGUUUUUUUUAAAUUUUU